CUAGAUAUAUUAUGUCUAUGGAUGUAUCAUCUUCUAGGGACUCUAGCAGACUCAACUUACCUGGCUCCUGAUUGGCCCUCCGAGAGCCAGGCAGGAUCAAAACCGAAUGGCCCGCGUUCAGCGGAGCUGGAACUGUUUACGAGCUGCUUCGUGUAAUGAGUGUAUGCUCUUAAUCUUGAAGAAUGAGUUGAAAUUCAAGCCGUUCGCUUUUCUACGGGCGGGUCCAGUCAAGGCGAACGUUACCGAUGAUAAAAACAAAUGGAGAACAAGGAGAUAGCGGAGCUUCGCGAGCUGAAGGCACGACUCUUGGAAAAAGCGAUUCACCUGAGAGACCAGCUCAAGGAUCGCGAGGAAAACGGACGUAGCGAGCCAAUCGAUCUCGACACUUUCAGCACGCCGCCUCCUGACGACAGAGAUGAAGGCUCGUCGAAAUCCCUGUCCACCAGGUACAAGGCUAAACUGUGCGAAAUUACGGGUCAAAUGACCGGAAUAACGUUCAAAGACGUCGACAGAAAGUGGCUACGCGAUGAUACGUAUACGUAUACAGCUAAAAUGAUAACAAAAACGAUAUCCCUUAAUGUUGAACUAAUAGUGACUCUGAAGGGCGACGACUUUAAAAUUGAGGACAUAAUGUGCCACUUUAUAAACGUCCCGGAUUGCUAUAUGCUAGAAGUGUCUCCUUGGUUUCAGAAGAUUACAAUUGCGAAAAACUUUUCCCUCCUCAUGUCCGCACUCUCGGAUUACAAUGAAAACAGUCUCCUCAGAGCUAAGAUUCUACGUAAUUUUGAGUCGAACGGAUACUUCAGCGUUGAACAUUGCACUCAGGAUACUGGAGGUAUGUUUGUGUACGUGCACUCGCCAGUAAACACUGAGAAGAACUACGCGAUAUUUCAGUGGACAAUGAAAUUUUUGGACUUGACAUGGCGGAUCGAGCAUUUCUUUACGGUGAAAUCUACGGAUAUAGGAGUGGAAUUUUCCGAAAAGAAUCGUUCUUUAUUGAAAGAAUUUUGCAAGAUUGGUUUAACGAAAAACCUUCUCGUGGAACUAUGGGAAAGACUGCGCGAUGCCAUUGACGCUUAUACUGAGGAAACUAUCUGACGAGAAAGAGCGAUAAAAAUUAAUCGUCUUGAGUCACAAAAUAUCGUGUAAGAUUUCUUGUAAUUUAUAUUUCUUUAUCAUCUUUCACAAUAUUUCAAUAAGAUAGUACUUGGCUAUUUAUGAUUCAUUGAAGCCUGCCACGAGCUAUGUUUACACCUUUUGUAACGUAAGCAAUUAUUAAUUAUAUUAAAUAUUUUUAUAAAUGGAAAUUCGAAUGCAAAUGAGUUUUCUUCAAUAUGAUAAAGGAUUCGUCAAUUACAUACAACUUUUUAUACCUGAGUACUUGCGCGCGCGUGUCUGUAUGUUCUUCACAUAAUAUGUGGUACAAGCAGAAGAAACGUUUUUUAAUGUAAAAUAUUCCUUCAAUGCCGCUUCAAUAUACUCGAGAUUUUGUUUUCGAGAAAUUAAAAAAAUUGCACUUGUCUUACGUUUAUCUCGCUAGCUUACUUUUGUAUCCACGACAUGAAUUCUCAGUUUUUAUUAUUAUCUAUUACCAGUCGACAUUUACCAACUUGACUCCAAUACUUCUCGACGAAAAGAUGACCUCUCGAUCGGCAGUUGUAAAUCUGAAUACGGCUACAUUUUACACUUUUAUAUACUGCGUUGCGAGCGAAUUUUUAACCAUUAACAUUACAUCUAAAUUAUUUUCAUUUUCUUUUACUUCUUGUCUUUUAUACACUGAAGAUGGUCUAAAGGAAGACCGAAACGUUUGUUAAUUUUUAUACUUAAAUAAACAAAUUUUUAUCCUC